AUGGUUCCGAAUUUGGAAGCUCUAGAUCUGGUUUCGAAAGUGACGGUGGACGAAGUGCUGAGUCGGAACCCCAACGAUUUCUCCAGACAUUCGUGUGAAUUUGUCGUCGAUGCUCCGCCUACCGCUGGACUCACGAAGAUUUCUGUCACUCCACGAGGAUCCUGCGAUUUUUUUACUGGCGAAGCUCGAGUGUUGACGAUUUUGGACUUUCACGACUACCACGUGCGUUUCUGGGGCUAUUAUCCGACAGGCGAGUGGCCGACGUUACAGUUCGAUUACAGUGAGUUCGGGAAGGGAACGUGUACGCUAUGGGCACCUCCGAACUUGCAGGUCUACGGACAGAUUCACACCGUAAAGUACGAAGGUGUGUGCUCUAAAGGGCAAGCUGGAGUGCAGACAAUUCUCGCAGAUGCGUCGAGUACGAUCGGGGGCACCUUCACGCUGUCCUAUAUGGGAGAAGUGACGUCGCCUCUGUCGUUUAAAGACACCGGGGCAGGAGAGAUGCGAGAUGCAAUCGACUCCAUCACUGCACCUGGAACUGUUAACGUCAGUGUGAGUCAGUACGGAGCUUACGGAAAGGCAUGGCACGUUACGUUCUCAAAGCACCAAGACGACGAGGACGACGCCAUUUUCAUCCAACACUCGCGUCUUACAGGCCAAAACGCUCUGAUUAGCGUCUACCCCACCGUUACGGUGUUCACAGAUGCCAAGCGAGAUGACAUCAGCGGCUCAUUCCGGAUCGCAAUUACGUCGUGGAUUCAGUGGUGGCGCUAG